CUGUUAUGGGAGUAGUGUGCAUUCGGCGUUCUGUAUUGACUGGUGUAUCAACACUGAAAUCAUUAUUCCCAAUGCUGGUGAGCUGACAGCGGGCAUAUGUUGGUCUAACGUACAAGGUGACCCGCCAUACGUUAUCCAGGCUGUGGAGGAUGUUAAAGGUUUCCCCAAAUAUGGCUUCUACAUCGUGCGAAAUGGGUGAUGUGCAGGUCACACUGACAAGUAUUCAGAGACUGGUAGCAUUGUCCGGAUUAUCAUGGGACUAUCAGCAGCCGAAGUCAGCCAAAUGGUGCAACGUCUUGGUGGUAGCUUCCAGGAUAUAUUCAAUUUCGUUUUGCAUAUUUCUUAUUCUGUAUUCUAUCUUGAUGAUACCAUACUAUACGAAAACUGAAUCAUUCACGGAGACAAGUUUUCCCUUAGCAAAUAACUUGUUAACUUUGUUAUGUCUAACCUACUGGGCUCUCAGUACCAACGUCCACAGCAAGAUUCGUACAUUCCACGAACGUCUUCGCGAAACACGGUUGAAGUUUAACAGUUCUGUUUCAGCCACUAGACUGAGUCAGAGGGUGAAGAAGGCCUGUGUAUGUUUUCUGGUCUUCGCGGCAUUUAUCUGUGUUUCCAGUGGCCUAACCGUAAGCAUAAUGGGUGUUUCAUCCAGUGACUUGUUUUGGCCUUCACUCGUAUUGACUUCGAUAAUUAGUGGCUGGAUAACUCUGCUAAACCAUUCGUUAUUGCUUCUGUUCUUGUCCAUAUCCCUUCUUCUUACUUAUGAGUAUGAUAAUUGCACACUGAGACUGUCAAGGGCUUCUGAAGGGUCCAUCAAAGAAGAGGAUAUUGAGGACAUUCGAGGUUACCAUGCAUCUUUAACAGACCUGGUGGAACAUGUGGUUUCCCUUAUGACCAGACACGUGGCUGUUGGCUACGUCAGCUCCUUCCUCAUUGUGUGUUUCUGUCUGUACAACAUCAUCAACGACGAGGCAUCAUAUGACAACAUUGGCAUUGCAGUAACUGCUAUUUACAUGUCUACUUUACAUCUCAUCGCUCUCACCUAUAUUGGCAUCAGAUUGCACGAAGCGGCACACCGACCUCUGAAUGUUCUCCUGGACAUGACUGGGAAAUAUAUGCCUGAUAGAGUUAUUGGACUGGUCACACUGUUCGCAACCAAGUUGUCUCAACGUCAGAUCGGAAUCAGUGCUUUAGGCCUUAUGACAAUCACGAAGGACACUACCCUAGCCAUCAUUGGUACCCUCCUCACCUACGUUUUCAUCGUGAUCCAGUUUAAUCCGGAUUCGGCUGUUGGAAUUUCACACAUUGCGAACGCUACGACAGUGUAACGGAAUCAACUUGUGACGAGUAUCAAAUGCUUUUGCACUAAUGGAUAUUUAGCUGAACGUUGUAAUGUGUUGACUUUGUCACCAUAGAAACGUAAUCGCCAGGGAAUAACCGGUUUCUGUUAUCUGCAGCUUUCAGACGGCGUCAUGGAGGAGUAAAUUAUUGGAAUUGAUCUCUGAAAUAGGUAUUUUCGAUUCCCAUUUGACCUUCCUGCCACAUAUUAAAUCCCUUAAAGCUAAAUGCCUGAAGGCACUCGAUUUGUUAAAGGUUGUUUCCAAUUCAAAGUGGAGAGGGGAUCAAACUGCCCUCCUUCACUUAUAUAGAUCGUUGGUACGAUCGAAACUUGAUGACCCUAGUAAGGUGAUCUACCUUCAGUUGUUGGCGAUCUAUAGCCAGUUUUUAUAUUG